AUGGUGGAGCAAAAUGAGGUUUCUGACGAGCGCAUGCCUGCCCAGGUCACCGCGCAGGUCGCGCUUACUUCAUCAGAGCAGUCUGUCCCACAUCCAAGCUCUUCUUCCCCGUCACAAUUAACUGCCGGAUCGCAAUCACUUGUACCUACUGCCGUGCCCAUAUCCACGAGCCAGCCUGACUCUGAUUCAUGUUUGAAUUCAUCUGCGGUCGAUAUUGAUUUCUCUCAGGGCGCGGAGCCACAUAUCGAGUCAAAACGACUGGCAUCUCCACCGGUUCAGAGUGACCCCACGACGGAUCUGCAACUUCUGGGUGAUACACACAAGCGUUCGCGAUCACAAGAGGAGAAACACGCUGGUUCUGCCAUGCCCAUAACUCCAUCCUUCCUUGAUGAUCUCGGCAACGAGCAAGAUCGUCUUUGCCCACAGACCUCAGAGACAGAAAUUCCCUACGUUACGUUAACGCAAUAUUCACUUCCUGAUCCCCGUCGAUAUGCUGCUUUUGUUCCAGUGUUCUAUACUGAGAUUCCUCACAACACUGAAAAUUUCCUUGAGCUCGGGGACGUCACCUUACAAAACGACGCCUUUCACUAUAUUGGCGCUACCUGUUACGCCUUGUCUGGUAUGGAAGUCUGGAUGCGUGGCGAGAGUCUGGAUAUGGCUCUUGAAGUACUCCGCCGUGAUGAAGAUUGCGACACUUACGGUAUCGACAUUGCCAAUUCCACUGUGGCCCAGAUCUGCUGUUUCGCCUCAAACGGUAUAGAUGGCCCUUCAGGAGAAUACGACCAGUAUAGGACACGUUACAACAACAAGAACUGGAUCAUCGUUAUUUGCAACGAUGGCAUGGGUGGUAUCGAGAACGAUGGAACCAGCGGAUCACAUUGGUCUAUGGUGGCCAUGGACAGGAUCUCGAAGAAUGCGUACUACUACGACUCGUUGUGGGUUGAUCGGCACGAAUACCAGACCUUGGGUCGCAACAUCUCCCUCGGUAUGCUCAACAUCCUCGGCGAAGACAUUUCUCUAUGGACCUACCUCAUACAGCUCGAGAGCCCCGAUCAGAGCUUUGACAACUUGUUCAAACAGGAUGGAGGUGCCUGCGGACCCUUUGUGUACAAGAUGACGCAAAUCUUGAUCAGAUAUAUCAAAAGUCAGCAAUCAUUGGGUGUGGAACGAUUGAGUCUGGCUGUAAACCACGCAUGGGUGACGCAGGUAUUCUCACCGCAAUUCCAUUCGGGUGUUGUCCGCCGCGAGAUGCAGGACAGUAUCCUUCGUUGGCACCAUAUCACCAGAGCCGCGGCGUCCGCAGACCGUCACGACUACCAGGCUAUCCAAGAUACAGAUGCUAUUCUGGAUGAUGGGCCAGUCGUCUCGUUCGAGAUCCCGCCGAAGCCACGGCUUCCGGUUCUGCGUCGAACUCACUACACUAAUAAGCUCUCAAGGUCACACCAUAUCAGGCGUGGCUGCUCCAGCGGUACCAACUACCAUGACCCCAUUGAUUUGGACGAUAGCGACGAAAACUGGACCAUGGGUAACAGCAGCGACAACAGUACUGCAGGAUCCUCAAGUGGUGGUACCGUAAUCAUUGGACAUGAAGUUCUCUGGGAAGACGCAGGCGUCGAUACAGCUAUGGACGAGGAAAAGCUUUUUCCUGUCCUCGACAGCGGUAUUCAGCUUAUUGAAGCAACUGAUGACGUCCAAGACGAACAUACGCCUGUUCGUCUGCAGAGAGUCGUCAACCCAACGGAGCCUGUCGACGCGGAGGAAGGACCUAGUGUGACCAGGCUUGAUUGA